AUGUCAGAGAAAAAGGAAAUAACCAAAAAGAUACUAUCACUUUUACAAACAUUACCAAAAGAGAAAAUACAACAUUAUGCAUCUUUUAAAAACUCACAAAUUGCAAGAUUUCAAAAUAAACAAUUACUUGAAACCGUAUCUGAAAAAGAUUUAAAAUUACAAUAUAUUGCCUUGAAAGAAUUAGUAAAUGAUAAAUAUAAAAAUUAUUAUAAAUUAGAUGAUAAGAUUUUUAAACCAAAAGCUAAUCCAAAAUAUUAUGAAAGAUUAAUAAGCGAAAUUAAUGGUGAAAAGAAAGAAUCUUUAUUUACUGCUUUUAGAACUGUUGUAUUUGGUAAAUAG